AUGUGUGGACCUGGGGAGCUGUUCCCGCAUGCUGCUGUGUAUUACAAAUUCAGCUGCUUCAUGCAGAGGCUGGUUGGGGCCGGCACUGCUUCUGCCUAUACCCUGCAGGGAUUCAAACCGGUGAUUCCUAUGGAACCACCAGCUCUGAUUUCUGGAACACCAACUAAACUUGCCUCUGACUCUUCAGCUGUUGAAUAUUUGGGUAAAAACAAGGUUCGUGACCUGCAAAAGUUGUUUGAGAAACCUGAUGGUGUGCCAGUCCAUGUGAAGCAGGGAGUUCCUGACAAACUUCUUUAUCAGACCACUAUGGCAAUAAAAAUAGGAGGGACCAUUUAUUGCUUGAUUGCACUCUACAAGGCUGCUCACCCCGAAAGACAGAAGUGA